AUGUCUGACGAGGUUUACGAAGGCGCCAUCGGCAUUGACCUUGGCACAACCUACUCUUGUGUUGCCAACUAUGAGGGCACAAAUGUGGAAAUCAUUGCCAAUGAACAGGGUAGCUACACAACUCCCUCUUUCGUCUCUUUCACCGAUAAGGAGCGUUUGAUUGGCGAGGCGGCAAAGAAUCAGGCGGCCAUGAACCCCGAGAACACCAUCUUUGAUAUCAAGCGCCUCAUUGGCCGACGCUACGAGGACCCUAUCGUCAAGAAGGACGUUGAGUCUUGGCCCUUCAAGGUUGUUGACCAGGGUGGAAACCCCACCGUCGAAGUCGAGUACCUCGGAGAGACCAAGACUUUCACUCCCCAAGAAAUCUCAUCCAUGGUUCUAAUGAAGAUGAAAGAAGUCGCUGAGACUAAACUUGGAAAAAAGGUUGAGAAGGCUGUUAUUACUGUCCCAGCCUACUUCAACGACAACCAGCGUCAGGCUACCAAGGAUGCUGGUGCCAUCUCUGGUCUCAAUGUUCUCCGCAUCAUCAACGAACCUACCGCCGCUGCUAUUGCCUAUGGUCUAGGCUCUGGAAAGUCUGAGAAGGAGCGUAAUGUUUUGAUCUACGAUCUUGGCGGUGGUACCUUCGAUGUCAGCUUGCUGAACAUCCAAGGUGGAGUUUUCACAGUCAAGGCGACUGCUGGUGAUACUCACCUUGGUGGUCAGGACUUUGAUACGAACCUUCUUGAGCACUUUAAGAAGGAGUUCCAGAAGAAGACUGGCAAGGACCUUUCUGGUGAUGCAAGGGCUCUGCGUCGUCUAAGAACCGCCUGUGAGCGUGCCAAGCGCACUCUUUCCAACGCAACUCAGACCUCCGUCGAAAUCGACUCAUUAUUCGAUGGUGAGGAUUUCAACACUUCCAUCACUCGUGCUCGCUUUGAGGAUCUCAAUGCCAAGUCAUUCUCUGGCACCCUUGAGCCAGUUCAGCAGGUCCUGAAGGAUUCUGGUCUCGGAAAGGAGAAAGUCGAUGAGAUUGUGCUCGUUGGUGGUUCCACCCGUAUUCCUCGCAUCCAGAAGCUCCUCAGCGAUUUCUUCGACGGUAAGAAGCUUGAGAAGAGUAUCAACCCCGAUGAGGCCGUUGCUUAUGGUGCUGCCGUCCAGGCUGGUAUCCUUUCCGGAAAGGCCACAUCCGCUGAAACACAGGAUCUUCUCCUUUUGGAUGUCGUUCCUCUUUCUCUUGGUGUCGCUAUGGAGGGCAACAUUUUCGCUCCCGUGGUUUCCCGUGGUCAGACUGUCCCCACCAUCAAGAAGCGUACUUUCACCACCGUGGUGGAUAACCAGACCACUGUGCAGUUCCCUGUGUUCCAGGGAGAGCGUACUAACUGCGCCGACAACACCUCUCUGGGCGAGUUCACCCUGGCUCCCAUUCCGCCCAUGAGAGCUGGAGAAGCUGCUCUGGAGUGUGUUUUUGAGGUCGACGUCAACGGUAUCCUCAAGGUCACUGCCACGGAGAAGUCCUCUGGUCGUAGUGCAAACAUCACUAUCUCUAACGCUGUCGGCAAACUUUCUACCACUGAGAUUGAGCAGAUGAUUGACGAUGCCGCCAAGUUCAAGACUAGCGACGAUGCCUUCACCAAGCGAUUCGAAUCUCGGCAACAGCUCGAGUCGUACAUCUCCCGUGUUGAGGAGAUCGUCUCUGACCCCACCAUGUCGAUGAAGCUUAAGCGUGGUAACAGAGAGAAGAUCGAGUCCGCACUCAGCGAUGCUAUGGCACAGCUCGAGGUCGAGGAUUCGACCCCAGACGACCUGAAGAAGAAGGAGCUGGCUCUCAAGAGACUCAUUACCAAGGCUAUGGCCACGCGGUAA